CUGUUCUGUGUUCCAGAGGAUCGCAAAAGAGCUAUUCUGCUUUGCAAAAAUAGAUUUCAAAGACCCUGUUUUGCCUCUAAUUUUCUGUGGUAAUAGAUUUGGGAUUUGAUUCUGUCCAAUCUAGCCUUGCAAGACUGCUAAAAGUAAUGCUACUUGCGAUGCCUGCUGAUGCUCCCAGGCAUAUACAUAGCUCAAAGAACAGAACAGGAAGAGAAAUGUGGCAGGACUGAUCAAAGAAAAUAGCAUCUCAUUGAUAAAACACAUGCUGCUGUACUUCCCACAGUUGGAAGAGCGUAGUAUUUUAACGACGGUGACCUAGAUUGGAGGAGACAAUAAAAGCUGUUGCGGUGAAGAGCAGAUUGACUGCCAUUCUCAUCUGGUUUAUGCAGGUAUUCCAAGAAGGGCGUGUUUAGCAAGGACUGCAACUUUGAUUUCACUCGAAAGGAGUGAAUGAGAUGAACUGUUUGGGUUAUAGUAUCUGAAAGGCUAAAUUAUUCUCUUGGAGAGACGUUCUAAAUGAGCCUGACCGAGAUCCUGGAUCUGUGUGAAGAGGACUAAGAAUAUAGGAUGUCAACUGAGACAGAACUUCAAGUGGCUGUUAAAACCAGCACAAAGAAAGACUCCAAAAAGAAAGGUCAGGAUCGCAGCGAAGCCACUUUAAUAAAGAGGUUUAAAGGUGACGGUGUCCGAUACAAAGCAAAGCUGAUUGGGAUAGAUGAGGUUUCUGCCGCACGAGGAGACAAGUUAUGUCAAGACUCCAUGAUGAAGCUCAAGGCAAUUGUUGCUGCGGCUCGUUCAAAAGGAGAACAUAAACAAAAAAUCUUCUUAACUGUCUCCUUUGGGGGAAUAAAAAUCUUCGAUGAAAAGACAGGGCUACUACAGCACCACCAUGCAGUUCAUGAAAUUUCAUACAUCGCAAAGGAUAUCACAGACCAUCGAGCAUUUGGAUACGUAUGUGGAAAGGAGGGAAAUCAUAGAUUUGUGGCAAUAAAAACAGCCCAGGCAGCUGAACCUGUAAUUCUGGACUUGCGAGACCUGUUUCAGCUCAUCUAUGAACUGAAACAAAGGGAAGAAAUGGAAAAAAAGGCACAAAAGGACAAACAGUGUGAACAAGCGGUAUACCAGACAAUUUUGGAAGAAGAUGUAGAAGAUCCUGUAUACCAGUACAUUGUGUUUGAGGCUGGACACGAGCCAAUCCGUGAGCCUGAAAUGGAAGAAAACAUUUAUCAGGUUCCUACCAGCCAAAAGAAGGAAGGUGUUUAUGAUGUGCCAAAAAGUCAACCUGUAAGUCUGCAGAAUGGAAACUUAUUGCUGGACAUUGAUGAAAAUCUUGUUUCAGUCACUCAGGCUGUUACCCAACUAGAGCUUUUUGGGGACAUGUCCACUCCUCCUGAUGUAACCUCUCCCCCAACUCCCGCUACUCCAGGUGAUGCCUUUAUCCCAUCUUCAUCCCAGUCACUUCCUGCUAGUACAGACAUGUUUGGUUCUGUACCUUUCAGCACUGCUGCCGUACCCUCAGGUUAUGUUGCCAUGGGAGCUGUUCUGCCCUCAUUCUGGGGACAGCAACCACUUGUUCAACAGCAGUUGGCCAUGGGUGCUCAGCCUCCAGUUGCUCAGGUGAUGCAGGGAGGACAGCCGAUAGCAUGGGGCCAACCCGGUAUUUUUCCUCCUACUCAGCAACCGUGGCCCUCUGUCGCUGGUCAGUUCCAACCAACUGCCUUCAUGCCAACACAAACUGUUUUGCCUUUACAAGCAGCCAUGUUUCAAGGUACCAUUGCUCCUAUAGCUACUGUUCCACCCACAAGUGAUUCCAACAGAUCAAGUCCACAGACAGACAGGCCCAGACAGAAAAUGGGAAAAGAAAUGUUCAAAGAUUUUCAGAUGGCUCAGCCUCCACCAGUGCCAUCAAGAAAACCAGAUCAGCCUUCCCUCAGUUGUACCUCAGAGGCCUUCUCAAGUUACUUUAACAAAGUUGGGAUGGCACAGGAAGCAGAUGAUUGUGAUGACUUUGACAUCUCUCAGUUAAAUUUGACUCCUGUGACUUCCACGACACCAUCUACAAAUUCACCUCCAACCCCUGCACCCAGACAGAGUUCUCCAUCAAAAUCAUCAGCAUCUCAUACCAGUGAUCCUGCUGCAGAUGACCUCUUUGAAGAGGGGUUUGAAAGCCCAAGCAAAAGUGAGGAGCAAGAGGCUCCUGAUGGGUCUCAGGCCUCAUCCAACAGUGAUCCAUUUGGUGAGCCAACUGGUGAUACUAUAAGUCCACAGCAAUACCUCCUGAGGAUCGGUGUACAGCCAAAGGUGGAAGAGGAAAUUGAUAGAAGCAGAACCUCUCUACGCCCAGAUCAACAGACCUAAGAAAUAGCAUUGUUACAGGCUUGUGGUGCUCCAAGACUCAAAUGAAACCCAGCAACCUGGCAGGCCUUUGGCUUUCAUGCUUUUUUCUGAUUGAUUUUGUCUGAAAAGGAGAGAUGAGUGCCCUCCUGGACUGGCUCUCUGAGCGUUCCUGACUUUUUUUGGCAACCAAUGGCAGAUUCCUAUGGCAGCACAAAUAAAAACUCUUCAGGCUUAUCAUACCACGAGUCCAGCCCCGUCCCCACAAGUCAUGGGUACCCAGACUAGGAAAUCUCACUCCUCGGUCUUCUAAACAUUUUGUUGUCUUCUGUAUGCCACAUAUAAAUAAUGAGCAUCUGAAAAUUAUCAAGUAUUAGACAUCCUUUUUCUUUUGAGCAAAAAGAUUCUGUAUGUAGCAGUGGCAUUAUCAUUCAACAGCCUUUUGGGCACAAGUCAGCACUUUUUAUGUCAUAGUGACAUGUUUAUCAUCAUCAUUUACGUCAGGCUGAUCCCGACUUUCCACCUCCCCCAUCCGGUGUAGACAUAUUUAAAAAACAACUGACGGUGUCUCUUUUUUUAUUUCUUGUUCUGUAGUUUUGUAUGAGUGACACAUCUAACAGCAAAACACCUCCUUUGGAAAUGAUUCCUAACUUGAAACCACAGAAUAAAACUUGGUUGUUUGUCCAUCCUGACUGAAAAUGUUGCCAAAUGGACCUUUAAGUUCUAGCGCAUCAUGAGGAAGAAAUGCUGCUUUUCUGUUUGAAUACUCAUGUUGUGGGUAGAGAAUGGACAUCGAGUCCCACUGAGGAAAGACGAAAGAGUCAGUAUUUCCUAGGAAACUCUAAACAAAGUGCAGAAAAGGAAUAUUUUUAUUUCUCCAAUAUCUUGCUGCUGUAAUGCUAUGCAGACAAGCGUUUUCUUCUCUGUGUGCCAUUUUUGAUGAAAAAAAAAAUCAUUUGCCAAAUAAUACUGGUAUGAUUCUGGUUUAGGAAUUUGGAUGAAGUGGACUUUACAAAUGGGACAAGGAUGGCAUGGAUUUUGGAAUAACAAACUGAUUCUGUGAUCAAAUUGUUCAUCUUUAUCACUUUUUGUACAUCAGAAGAAUCAAAUGGGAUUUUUAUUUUAUAACUUGAAAAAAGUCUUACUGUUAAACUCUUUAAAUGUUUAAGGGGAAAUGGCUUUAAGGAGUUUGAAUGAAAAUUGCCAGUUUUUUUGUAAAUAUAAAUGUUAUGAAAAUUCUUUUACUAAUGCCAUUACACAGUAGAGAAGGUAGCAAGUUGCAUUGCUUGGGAGGUGUGGCAAACCCAGUUUGUGGUUCUCACAUCACACAUAUUUUUCACAUGCUUACAGUAAUGGGUUGAAGCUCAAGUGCAUUUGCCAAAAGCAGUCAGCUUAUCAGCAACUAGUGAAAUUAAUGGGAACACAUGAUUUUGUGAUCUAGCAUUAUCACACGGACAUACUCCACUUACAAGAAAUCACAUUUCAUUGACAUUCCUUUGCAAUUCCAGAACCUCUGCAUAGAAGUCAUCAAACUGUUUACACACAAAACAAAAGAAUUUAAAACUUCCUUUUUUUACAUUUAUGAAGCAAAAGUGCAGUGUUUGGGUUCAUAUGUUUAGCACAUGAUUUUCAUAAAGAAUCUAUAUAUUUUUGCCCUACAGAGAAUUGUUAUACAGGUCAAAUGUGUUUUCCUGAUGUUCCUAUGCAGUUACAGUAUAUUGAAUUAUUUAACACUAAAAUUAAAAAAAAAAAAAGAAAAAAUUAAAAAAAAAUAAAAAUAGAAAAAGGGAAAAAAUUAAAGAAAUCAAAUGGUUAAUCAGUUUUUAGGGUUAUUGUGCAAAUUUUGUUUUUAAAUUGACACAUUAGGAUUUACAUUUUUGUCAUUAUUAAAAUAGGCCUGGAGUGAUAAGUAUUUUACUUUAUUUCAUCUCUAUUAUAAGCUAAAAGUGGUUUAGAAGACAGAAAAACUGGGAUGGCAAUUGUUCAUGUCUACAACCAAAUCUCACAAGAUUAUUCCAGUCUUUUAUUUUGAAUUAGAGAAAUUAGAGAAAUGUGCGUUACAGAAAGCAUGUGGUUGAAAAAAUAGCUCUGAAUAGACCUAAUGAACCUGCAGAGAAGAGAAGAGAACUUCUAUCCCCAUUCACGGUCAUUUGAUGCUUAUUCCUUAGUCAUGUGCAAACAGCUUUGUUUUCCCAUCAGAAAAAAGAUCAAGUUUUCUAAAUGGAGAAGAUGAAUUACAACUUGGCAGAUGGAGUGUUUCAGAAUUAAAAACAGAGGUAAAAAGGUUUCUGAAGGACAUUUCUUUAAGAAUAUUUUCCUAAUUUGCACAGUGGUGCUACUUUCUUCCUCAGUGGCUUUUGGGUUUUUUUCCUACAGAUGGAACCACGAAGACAGUUUUGGUUCAUCGUAGACAUUUGAGGUUUAGUAUCAUCAGUGCAUUUUCACUUACGGGGUAAAAUGUUGAAAGAGGAAGAGAUUUAUGUCUCAGAGGAUCCAUUGACAUCACAUUUGUAGGAAGCAGAUCAUUUACAUAGUCCUUGUAAUGAAUACGUGCUGAAGGAAUGAGGCUGGGAUUUUAGUGUCUCAUGAGAGCCAGCUGGGCCAUCAACAUGGACCUUUGUCUUACCUUUACCAAUGCUCAUAAAUAAAAGCAAAUUCUGAAUUGUCAUGUCAUACGAUUUAGAUCGUCCUUGUCAUGGUUGAGAUGCUGAGUUGAAAGGACUGGAAGGCCUCCGCACUGUACCAGUAUUGUAGAUAACUAAAAUAUCCAGCUUGUGCAAUUGUUUAAUCCCUCAUCCUUCACUAGCACUAAAUUCGUCACUUUAAAUUUAAAAAACAGGGAAUCCCACCAGCCAUCCUGUUAUCAUCCCUUGUAGGCUCUUGAUCUUUACCUGUCAUGAAAAAAUAUUUUGAUAGAUCGUAGUCAUCCAAGUGUCUGAUGAAACCUUUCAUCUAAUAACGUACUGGGCACCUUCUUUGCAAAGAUGUUUACUCCGUGGUUUUCAUUCAUUUUUAUUUCUGCAUUCUGACGCAUAUUUUUUUAAUAAAGAUGAGAAAGAGAAAAUGACUGUUGCAGUACAUUUCUAAACCUACUUUAACUUUACCUCAGAUAAUGACCAUUUGUUAACAUAUACGGACAUAUUAUUUUUAACUUUAUGUAUAAUGCGUUCAACAACAACAAAAAAAAAACCAACAAAUUUUUAGAAAUUUUCCAUUAAUUUCUGUAACACACCAUGUAAUACUGUUAUGAAUAAAAACAUUAAAAAAAGAUGUCAUUUCACUAAGGUUGUUUCAUAGCUUUUGCUCUUCUGUGAUAAUUCUGCCCUUCUUACACCGCAGUGUGGUUCUGUCAUAUUUCUGCCAAUAUUUUUGACAGUGGAAACAUUUGGGAAAAGAGAAAAUGUAGUGCCUCAGUGUGGAGAAUACCUAAUCCUAAAGACUCUAAGUGUUAGUUAUUUUGCAAAUACUUAAUUUGCUGCUUUUAAUUGCUUCCUUCCUAUUUUUGGCCUCUUUCUGGGUGAUUGAGAAUAAGCAUCCCAAACCAGUAGGUAUUUUUGUCACCUCCUAGAAAAUGUCAUCUUCGUAGAAGAAACAAAUUAAUACUACCAAAGCUGGAGUACCCUUGUGGCAAGAGAAGCUAUUUUGCUUACGUUUUCCUCUUCAAAUAAGAUUUACCGAAGUGGAAGAUUGAAGUGGAAAAUGUGCAUUUAAACAUGACAAUUUUGAAAGUUAAAAAGCCCCCAAACGUUCCAAUAUAGGCACAGAAUUGAGAACAAAGCCUUGAUCCAGUAAAACAUACCAAUGAUUCGACCUUCUGGGUCCUUUCUGCUGAUUGGGGCAAUGUGAAGGGUAGGCUGAAAUGUUUUGUAGGUGUGAAAAUCUUGGUGCUACGUGCAAAAUAAAAUUGUUUGAUAUGAA